UUUGCUUCCGGCAACAAAGUCUCGCAGACUGUGGCUGCACAUGUGAGUGGAUGUUUGCUGUCUAGACUUGAGCUCAUCCAGAUAACUAGAUGGACUGAAUGUUUUGGGAUUGUGUCCGUUUCCUGACCGCACAUCGAGCCUGUCAGUUGCAUGACUGCCUGGCAGUUGAGUCCACAUGGAGGGCCCGUCUUCUCGGCUCCCCGCCGCCGCGGAGCGAGCUCCAGGCCCGGACAGGAGCAGCAGCGGCCGGGAGGGAGAGGCUGACCCGGCCCGGGAAACGAGGCUUCACUUCCGCGUGUGUCGCUUCAUCAUGGAGACAGGCGUGAAGCUCUGUAUGCGCUCAGUGCCGGUGGCCACAGCCUGUGUGUUGUACCACCGCUUCUUCCAGCGCGCUAGCGUCCGUGUGUAUGAACCGUACCUGGUGGCCAUGAGCUGUGUGUACCUGGCUGGCAAAGUGGAGGAGCAGCACGUCAGGACCCGUGACAUCAUUAACGUCAGCCACAGGUACUUCAACAAAGGCAGCGCUCCUCUGGAGUGUGACAAGGAGUUCUGGGACUUGAGGGACAGCGUGGUGCAGUGUGAGCUCCUCAUCCUCCGACAACUCAACUUCCAUGUCUCCUUUGAACACCCUCACAAGUAUUUGCUCCACUACCUGCUGUCUGUGAAGUCACUCGUAAAUCGGCACGCUUGGUCUCGAACCCCUGUGGCGGAGACUUCCUGGGCGCUGCUGAGAGACUGUUACCACGGUGCCAUGUGUGUGCGCCACACACCACAACACAUUGCCAUCGCAGCCCUGUACCUGGCCCUGAACAGCUACGGAGUGGAGCUGUCUGUUGGAGAGAGAGAGUGGUGGCAGGUGCUGUGUGAAGACGUGACCAAAGCAGACAUCGAUGCUGUGAUCUCAGACCUUCUCCAGCUCUACGACAUGGAGGCCAAGUGUGUUUGAAGGACACACCUACAAGAUUUCCACUUAAAAGUUCUGUUUGUGUCUCCGCGGCAUAAUUGUGUGUUGUUCUAUCCAAUAAAGCGUGUGUGUGUGUGUGUGUGUGUGUGUGUGUGUGUGUGUGUGUGUGUGUGUGUGUGUGUGUGUGUGUGUGUGUGUGUGUGUGUGUGCGUGCGCACGUGCGUGCGCGCGCACGUGCGUGCGCGCGCGUGCUCUUUGCACCUCCCUGGUUUGUCUUUGGAGAAACGUGCCUGAAAUACCAUUUCCUGCCACCAGGGGGAGACACUCUUUACUUUUUGGUCAUGGAUGUCUCAGCUUGUCAGAAUACUGAUGUGCUCCAGAUCUCUACCAGCAAUCUCUUCACACUCUUCUACAUCCCACGUUUUCUUCAACGGUUGCAUGGAUUGAUAUUCUGCUCUGGAAGAAAAUAUUUGUGAUUUGAUGCUUAUUUUGAUAUAAUAUGGUAUAGUAUGAAAUAUAUACCAGCAUGCAACUGUACAAGUAUAACAUAAUCUCUGGGAUACUUCAGACUGUGCAUGCCUUGUGGCUUAUUAAGUGUUUUAUGUUCAUUGUCGUGCUACCAUUUACAGAUAUUUUUUUUUUUUAAUUUUAGUUUAAAUGAAAAAACUUUGAACUUUGUUUAAUUGAACUGUCUUUCUGGCCUUAGACAAGCCACCUUAAAAUGGUGUAUUUUUUCAAAAAUAAACCCAACAAAGCCAGUUUUACUCUGUUUAAAUGAAA